AUGUCCAAUUUUGUAUCAUCACCAGGGAGAAUCCCAUCAGCUGCUGCCCAGUUGUUGAAUUCACAAACUCUGUCUUCUUUUGGUAGAGACAAUUCCACACCAGCACAGCCAAUAUUAUAUUCCGAAGAUCUUCCACCUCAUUUACAACUACAACAACAACAACAGCAACGUGCAAUUGCUGGAAGAAGAAGACAAAUUGCUGUUCCAAAAGUUGUUGAUGUAACUGGUGAGAAAGUCAGGGAAAGUUUUGAAACUUUUAUUGAAGAAUUUGUUGAUCCUGAACAAGCAGAUGAUGAUUGGGAUGGGAAAAUUUACUUGGCCCAAAUUGAAGCUAUGAAAACAUACGAGUAUAGUACUUUAUAUGUUGAUUACCAACAUUUAUUGCUGAGAGAGAAUGGUGUUUUAGCCACAGCUAUCCUGGAACAAUACUAUCGUUUCUCACCCUUUUUGUUGAAAGGUUUGCAUAGAUUGUUGAAAAAAUAUGCACCAAGCUUGUUACAUACCAGUUUACUUCACAAUACCGAAGAAACUGUUAGUGAAACUUCAACCAGUUCUCAAGCAAAUGAACGUGUUUUCCAAAUUUCUUUUUUCAAUUUACCAACCGUACAAAGAAUCAGGGAUAUCAGAUCAAAUAAAAUUGGUUCAUUAAUGUCAAUUCUGGGUACUGUAACCAGAACAUCUGAAGUGAGACCCGAAUUGUAUCGUGCAUGCUUUACUUGUGACUUGUGCUCAGCAGUUAUCGAAGGGGUAGAACAAGUUUUUAAAUAUACCGAACCCACCGCAUGUCCUUCUUGUGAGAAUCAAUCUUACUUUACUUUGAAUGUGUCCAAGUCCCAGUUCAUUGAUUGGCAAAGAAUUAGAAUACAAGAAAACUCCAAUGAAAUCCCCACAGGAUCCAUGCCACGUACUUUGGAUGUGAUUUUGAGAGGUGAAACCGUUGAAAGAGCAAAACCAGGUGACAAAUGCAAGUUUACUGGAUGUGAAAUUGUAAUCCCAGAUGUUUCUCAAUUAGGUUUACCAGGUGUCAAACCACAAUCCGUUAAGGAAUCAGCAAGAGGCUCAGAGUUGAGUAGUGGUGUUACUGGUUUAAAGUCUCUUGGUGUCAGAGAUUUGACAUAUAAGCUCGCCUUUGGAGCUUGCCACGUUGCUUCCAUGGUUAAUAAGGCAGGUGGGAAUGAACAGCUUGAAGUUGAUUUGAAUGACCAAGAAGUUUUUCUUACAUCUUUGAGUGAUGCUGAAGUAUUACAAUUAAAGGAAAUGGUCAAGGAUGAACAUAUUUAUGACAAGCUUGUGAACUCAAUUGCACCAGCUGUGUUUGGCCACGAAGUGAUCAAAAAGGGAAUUCUUUUGCAAUUAUUAGGCGGUGUUCACAAACAAACAGUAGAUGGAAUCAACUUAAGAGGGGAUAUAAACAUUUGUAUUGUUGGUGACCCAUCCACUUCGAAAUCACAGUUUUUGAAGUAUGUCUGUGGGUUUUCGCCUCGUGCUGUCUACACUUCUGGUAAGGCUUCCUCUGCUGCUGGGUUGACAGCGGCUGUAGUGAAGGACGAAGAAAGCGGAGAAUACACUAUUGAAGCAGGUGCUUUGAUGUUGGCAGAUAACGGUAUUUGUGCAAUUGAUGAAUUUGACAAGAUGGAUAUUGCUGACCAAGUUGCUAUUCACGAAGCCAUGGAACAACAAACAAUCUCCAUUGCAAAAGCUGGUAUUCAUGCUACCUUAAAUGCCCGUACAUCUAUCUUAGCAGCUGCUAACCCUAUUGGGGGUAGAUAUAAUAGAAAAUUGGGUCUUCGUUCUAAUUUGAAUAUGACAGCACCAAUUAUGUCGAGAUUUGAUUUGUUCUUUGUUGUUCUUGAUGAUUGUAAUGAAAGAAUUGAUACUCAAUUAGCAUCACACAUUGUUGAUUUGCACAUGCUUAGAGACGAUGCAAUUGAUCCACCUUACUCAGCCGAACAAUUAGCAAGAUACAUUAAAUACGCAAAGACUUUCAAGCCUAGAAUGACUAAAGAAGCUAGAGACUUUUUGGUCACUAGAUACAAGGAAUUGAGAGAAGAUGAUGCUCAAGGUUUAGGGAGGUCCUCGUACAGAAUUACUGUUAGACAAUUGGAGUCCAUGAUUAGAUUGUCAGAAGCUAUAGCCAGAGCCAAUUGUACCGAAGAAAUAACGCCAAGUUUUGUUGCUGAGGCCUAUGAUUUGUUGAAGCAAUCUAUUAUCAGAGUCGAAAUGGAUGACAUCGAAAUGGAUGAUGAAGAAAGACCAACUGGAGAACCGGGGCAAGCACAAGAACAAGAUCAGCCACAGGACCAAGAUACUCAGCAAUCGCAACCUUCUGAAAGAGUACCUCCAGUGUCAAUUAGUUAUGACAAAUAUGUUUCUAUAAUGAAUAUGUUAGUCAAGAAAAUAACCGAGGACGAAAAAAAUGGAGGUGAUGGACUUUCGGCUGAUACUUUAGUUGAAUGGUAUUUGCUUCAAAAGGAAGACGAGAUUUCUAGCGAACAAGAAUACUUACAAGAAAGAAAAUUGGCUUAUAAGGUGAUAAAAAGGUUAGUUAGAGAUAAAAUACUUAUGAGUGUGACAGAAGGAACAAAUGUUGUUUACAUUAUACAUCCUAACUGUGCUAUUUUAGAUUUUUUCGAAAGGGAAUAA